GGAUGAAUCUCUAGAUUCGUUUCCUUAUGAAUUUUAUAUAAAACUGGAGAGGAAUUUAAAGCUAAUACCAAAAAUAUCAGAUGAAUCUAUUGAAGAAAGAAGUAAAGAUAAAAAUAAACUUUGUUUUUAUUUGAAAUACUGGUUUUAUGAUCAAGUAAUAACCAAAGGAAUUAAGAAUACUCAGAUAACUCAGCUUCUUAAAAUAUGGCAACAGAACAAAAUAAAGAAAUGUACUGAAUGUGAAUGUGAACUUGAUGUUAAAUCACUGAACGAUAUUAAUGGAUUAAAAAAGAUUUAUGAUUAUUAUUUAUUUUUAGAGCUAUAUAAAGAUAAAAAUAUUAUGAGUCAUAAUAUAUAUAAUAAGGAUUAUUGCAAAUAUCUUGAAGAUGCUAGGGCUUCAUAUAAAUUAUUAUAUAUAUCUAGAUGUUCUAAAAAUAAUGCUAAUGAUGUUUAUAAAUAUUGUAAUGAAUUUAUUAAACACAUAAUGCCAUAUGAUGAUAUAGAUAUGGAGUUCUCAAUUUCCUGCGAAGCAGAUAAUAUAACUGAAGAAGAAGUAAAGAUUUUGCUUUCAUCUUCUGCGAUAGGAGUUAGUACAGAAAAUCCUUCUAUGAUUCAUGGAUUAGAUAAAACUAAUCAGCACAUGUCAAAUGUUCAUUCAAAUCCUAUUUCUGAAGACACUAGUAGAAAAACUUCAGCCAUAAUUUCAGUUUCUUCUGUGGGUAUUGGUUUUAUUCUAUUUCUCUUAUAUAAGGUUAAAGAAUUAUUAUUUUA